ACCGAGAAACUGUCGACCUCAUCAAACGAAGACAAGAAAACAAACGCACCCUAGCGUUACUCUACUAUGCAGGAUUUACGGAAGAGCCGUCCCAGGCGUGGCAGAGGAACUUCCGUCUUUUACUGCUCAAAAUGACAGCGACUCUGCGCCCCUACCUGAAUGCUGUGAGGGCCACCCUGCAGGCCGCCCUCUGUUUGGAGAAUUUCUCCUCUCAGGUGGUGGAGCGCCACAACAAGCCUGAGGUGGAGGUCAGGAGCAGCAAGGAGUUGCUGCUUCAACCGGUGGUGAUCAGUCGUAACGACAAGGAGAAGGUGUUCAUCGAAGGGUCCAUCAACUCUGUCAGAGUCAGCAUUGCUGUGAAGCAGGCUGAUGAGAUCGAGAAGAUCCUUUGCCACAAGUUCAUGCGCUUCAUGAUGAUGAGAGCGGAGAACUUCUUCAUUCUGAGAAGGAAGCCAGUGGAGGGAUAUGAUAUUAGUUUCUUGAUUACCAACUUCCACACGGAGCAGAUGUACAAACACAAGCUGGUGGACUUUGUCAUCCACUUCAUGGAGGAGAUUGACAAGGAGAUCAGCGAGAUGAAGCUGUCCGUUAAUGCCAGGGCCCGAAUUGUUGCAGAAGAAUUCCUCAAGAACUUCUGAUGACGGCAGCGUUCUUGGUGUCGUACCAGCCUGGGAUCAAUCAAAGGGCCAAUCUGCACACAAAUAGAAACCCAAAAGAUGAGACAUAGAUGUAAUCUGGCACCCUUUGCAGCAAUCUCAGCUAGUUCCCUGUACCCCUGAAUAUCAAUUCCUGUAUAUAAGGAAAUAUUUAGCAGUAUCGUUUUCAGCCACUCUGAUCAAAUCCCCAAACAAAGGCGGGUCCUUAAAGUAUUAGUCAAGUUGAUAACCACGAGUACAGGGGCACUGAGGGCUUGAUGCUGCGAAGGUCAGCCUCCAGGGUUUUCUAUUUUGUGUCAAUCUGUCACUGUCGUUUCAAAUUUGUCCCAAAACUCUCUGACUAGGGUGUGCAUUUUGAAAAGGAACUAUGUUUCAUGACAUCAAAUGGAGAAAGAGAUGUCAGCAAAACAUCACAAAUAUGACAAUGUAAGAAAAUUGUGGAAGAGAAUAAAAGUCAGUUGUUUUAUACUUAGAAAAA